CAUAUGUAUAUAUAAUUUAAGAAAUCUUAAUCCUUUGGCUUAUAUGGUACUUUUUAAGUCCCACAUUCCUUUUUAAACUAUUAAAUCAAAGUAGGAUACAUUGGUCUGGAAUUGUUGGUUCUAAGGUUACAAGUAAGAUCUCCUGGGCCAGAACACAUAUGUAGAUUUUGGAUUAUACCUUCUGUUUCUUUUCUCCUUGGAAGUUAAAUAAUGGCAGAGACAAGUCUGUUAGAGGCCGGGGCCUCUGCAGCCUCCACAGCUGCUGCUCUGGAGAACCUACAGGUGGAGGCGAGCUGCUCUGUGUGCCUGGAGUAUCUGAAGGAGCCUGUCAUCAUCGAGUGUGGGCAUAACUUCUGUAAAGCUUGUAUUACCCGCUGGUGGGAGGACCUAGAGAGGGACUUCCCUUGUCCUGUCUGUCGGAAGACAUCUCGCUACCGCAGUCUUCGGCCUAAUCGGCAGCUAGGCAGUAUGGUGGAAAUUGCCAAGCAGCUCCAAGCUGUUAAACGGAAGAUCCGAGAUGAGAUACUCUGCUCCCAGCAUCAUGAAGCCCUCAGCCUCUUCUGCUAUGAAGACCAGGAAGCUGUAUGCUUGAUAUGUGCCAUUUCCCACACCCACCGGGCCCACACCGUUGUUCCAUUGGAUGAUGCAACACAGGAGUACAAGGAAAAACUGCAGAAGUGCCUGGAGCCCCUGGAAUACAAGCUGCAGGAAAUCACCCGCUGCAAAUCCUCUGAGGAAAAGAAGCCAGGGGAGCUCAAGAGACUAGUGGAGAAUCGCCGACAGCAGAUCUUAAAGGAGUUUGAAGAGCUUCAUAGGCGGCUGGAUGAAGAGCAGCAGAUUCUGCUUUCACGACUGGAGGAGGAGGAACAGGACAUUCUACAGCAACUGCGUGAAAAUGCUGCCCAUCUGGGGGACAAGCGCCGGGACCUAGCCCACCUGGCUGCUGAGGUGGAGGACAAGUGCUUCCAGUCUGGCUUCGAGAUGCUGAAGGUUUGACCUUUGCCCUUGCAUAGCUCCUCAGGCCAAGCACAGUAUAGCUUUGUAGUCUAGUCUGUCAGUCU